AGUUCCAGUUACUCUAAGAUCUUUUUAUCUGCAGCCCGUCCGCACCACUCAGGAGGGGCCCCAGGGCCAGGCGGGGUCGCGCGUCGUCCCCUCCAACCCCGCGUCCUUCCCGUGUCCGAGGACAGCGCCGCGUCCCUGGGAAGCCGGGGGAGCCCCAGCCGCCGGGUGCACCCGGUGACUGGUCGACGCGGGGCUCAGGCACGUGAGACCGGGUCCUGCCCCACCUCCCCGUCCCCUUCCCCCGUCUUGUAAACGCCGCGAACGCAAAGCGGCCCCAGCACAGAAGGAGCUGAGAGUCCAAUGGACGGACGAGACAGCGGACUCUGUCCGGCCCGACGUUACUGAGUUAAUGAGGGACAGUGCAGAACCGCAGCCCUGGGGAGCAGCACUGCGGGACCUUCGAGUCCACCCCCAGACACCGGGGUCAUAGCCGAAGCCUCGGGUUUGCGAGCGGGGAGAGGAACGCGGGCGACCAGAGCGGCCGGCCCCGGGUCCGCGUCCAGCUUCUCGGAGACACGUCCAGGCGCCGCUCCGGGAGAACUAACGAUUCCUGGACCGCGCGGCGCCCUCGGGUGCGUCCCUGGCCCCGGGCCCAGAUGGAGACAGGGUCAGGGCGCAGUCACUUGGGUUCCGCACACCUUCCUUAACCCCAAACGGAAACUCAGGCUGCAGCCUCGACUGACGUUCCCUUUGGAAGGUGGGGGAGAGUGACUGACACCCUGUAACUCUCGCCCCCGCAGCUCACUGCGCCUUGCCUGUGCUCCUUUAUUUUACUCUUAUAUUACACACCUUAUUCUGUCUUUCCUAAGCCUGGUGUUAACCACCUUCUUCCAGGUCUUUCCUCCAACCCCAAGGCCCUCUCUCGCCGUGAGAGGCAGAGAGAGGAGGGGGCCUUCUGACUUCGGGGUGGGGUUGAGACCAGUGCUCAAGUCAGAACUAUCUUUCGGAAACCCAGUUCGGUAACAGUCAAGGGACCAAAAGGACGCUGCUAAAAUGUGCCUUGCAUGUGUUCGCUGCGUCGGGAGUGAGUACUGGAUGAGGUGGGAUUUGGUGCAUGGACAGUGGAGACAGACUAAAGAUGAAAGAGAAAACACACUUUCACGCGCUCAUUCGCCAUUCAGGCUUCUAAGAGGUGCUUGUCAGUACUCGGCCUGGUUCAAGUUUUCAGUUUGUCCUUUCCUCCUGGACCUACAGAAGUUCUUCAUAUAGUCUGGCUCUAGUCCACUGUCAGUUAUAUGCAUCAUGAGCAUCAGGAGCAGCGUGAGGAAAACAGAACCCCCGGGACUGGAAAAGCCUCCUGUCAAGCACCGCUGCCACCAUGCCCAAAAGAAAGGCAAAAGGAGAUGCUAAAGGUGACAAGGUGAAGGUGAAGGAUGAGCCACAGAGGAGGUCUGCACGGUUGUCUGCCAAGCCUGCUCCUCCAAAACCAGAGCCCAGGCCUAAAAAGGCCCCUGCAAAGAAGGGGGAGAAGCUGCCCAAAGGAAGAAAGGGGAAAGCAGAUGUUGGCAAGGAUGGGAACCCUGCAAAAACACGAGACACCACCACAGCCCAGUCACAGAAAGCAGAAGGCACUGGGGAUGCCAAGUGAAGUGGACUUUUCAUAGUCUAUACUUCUAAUGACUCUGUUUGAAAUACUAUUUUUUAAAUCAAAUUUUAUAAAAACGUAGGUUGUUUUUUUUAAGUUAUGUUGUUAGCACACAAGACACUUUGUUGCCAUCUUUUGUGGAAAGGGCAAGUACCACUAAUACAGUGUUUAGAGGCUAGAUUGAAAUGGAGAAAAAUAGGAUUUGCUGUUCUUGUUUUUGAAGAUCAUUCUUGGUUCCAUUUACACUUGAGUCACUUUGGCUCAGAAGGCUUUCAUUGUGGGAAACCAAAUGUCAUGUCUUCUUUCCUGAUGCCAUCAAGAUAUAGCUGACUUCCUGAAACCACAAUUCAGGAUGUGGCCUUGGUACCCCUAAAAUUGACUGUUUUGGGUAGCAGCACUCAAGCUUUCUGAUGAUGACAUCGAGAUGGUGUUGCUCAAAAGAACCAAGAUUUCUGUUUGUAGUUUGUGGAUCAUCCCUUUGAGAAUCCUGCAGGUUUUAGGUUUUUUUUCUUCAUGUCAAAGUUGACCUGUGAAAAGUUCUUACAUGCCUCAUGAAAUGUCUAUCCCUUCUGAAAUCUUUUCCUGUUCAAAGCAGCAACAGAAGAUUUGAUUGACUUUUUGAGGAAGGGAUUUUGGAAGUUGUAAAAUUUUAUAGCUUGUUACCCAUAUUCUGUUGGAAGUAACUGGUUUUUUGUUGUUGAUUUGAGUGUGUGUGUUCUUUUAAGUAUCUGCAAAAGCUGAAUACAAACUGGCGGUGGGGAGGGGAUCAUUUCCUACCCAAACUCAUAAAGAUAUUUUUUAUUGCCUUGUGAAAGUUGUAUAGUUUUGCUUUUCCCAUUUAUCUUUAGCCUUUCCUGAACUGAUUUUUGUGAAGCAUAUGAGAUAGAAGUUCAAUAUAGUAUUUUUUCCAUAUGUAUAAGUGGUUGUCCCAGCACCAUUUUUUGAAAAGUUUAUCCAGUCCCCCACUAAUCUGUAACAUUGGCUCUUUCAUAAAUCGUUUCCGUGUGGGGUGGGGGUAGGGUCUGAUGGUGGUUUCUGUUCUGACUGACCAGUCAGUUUGUCUAACCUGUGGCAGUGCUGAGUACUACAACUUUAAAAAGCAGUCUUGAUACCUCAGGACAAAUCCAACGUCCACCUCCAACACCUCCACCAAAUUUAUCUUCCUCAGGAGUGUCUUGGCUAUGCUUAGCUAGACUGACAAGUCCUAAAUCAAACAAAAGUGUUAGAAUUUUAUUGGAUUUGUAUUGAAUUUAUAAAUUACAUUGUUUAGUAUUUCAAUCUAUGAACCUAGUAUAGCUCCAUUUAUUUAGGAUCUUUCAAUGUUUUUCAAUAAAGUUUUAUAAUUUUCUCCAAGAA